AACAGUAUUUCUUAAUUCAUCUUUGUAUGUUAAUUUGCUUGACUUCAUUUUCUUAAGUGACAAGAUACAAAAACCUCCAUAUUCAGCUACGGAAUUUGUUAAUUAUUUAGGAUGAUGGAGAAACGUUUGAAUACUGUUGUGGAGAGAAUGACGAGUUUGCCAAGAUUAAUAUGGGAAAAAAUCUGGAAAGUUGGGAAAGAAGAUCGAAGAAGAGUAAUUCACUCACUAAAAAUGGGACUGUCCUUGACAUUGGUCUCUUUAUUGUAUUUACUGGAGCCAUUGUUCAAAGGCAUUGGAGAAAAUGCUAUUUGGGCUGUUAUGACUGUUGUGGUUGUUCUUGAAUUCACAGCAGGGGCAACAUUGUAUAAAGGGCUGAAUAGAGGACUUGGGACAGUAUUUGCAGGAUCAUUGGCAUUCUUGAUUGAGUGUAUUGCCACAGAAUCUGACCAUAUAUUUUAUGCUGUUUUUAUUGGGACCUCAGUAUUUUUAGUUGGAGCCGUGGCUACGUACAUGAGAUUUUUUCCUCACAUAAAGAAAAACUAUGACUAUGGUGUGGUGAUAUUCCUCUUGACCUUCAACUUGAUCACAGUGUCAAGUUAUCGUGUUGAUAGUGUGUUGAAAAUUGCCCAUGAACGCUUUUAUACCAUAGCCAUUGGCUGUGCUAUCUGUCUCCUCAUGAGCCUAUUGGUAUUUCCAAUUUGGUCAGGAGAAGACCUCCAUAUAUCGACUGUUGCCAAAUUUGAUGGCUUAGCAAUAUCUAUUGAAGGUUGCAUUAAAGAGUACUUUAGCAAUAAGGAGGAACAAGAAAAAGCCAGAGAAAAUUCGAUGGAAGCGGAGGAUCCCAUUUACAAUGGUUAUAAGGCUGUUUUAGAUUCCAAAUCAUCUGAUGAAACUUUGGCACUAUAUGCAAGUUGGGAGCCAAGAUAUUUAAGACGUUGUUCGAGGUUGCCGUGGCAGCAAUAUGUAAAAUUGGGGACUGUUCUUCGCCAUUUUGGAUACACACUAGUGGCUUUACAUGGAUGCCUGCAAACUCAAAUUAAGACUCCUCGAUCAGUUCGUGUACUGUUCGAAGAUCCAUGCAAUCGACUCGCCAAAGAAGUGACAAAGGUACUAAAGGAACUAGGCGAUAGCAUAAGAAAUCGUCGUCAAUGCUGCCCAGAAAUCCUCUCCAACCAUCUCAAUGAAGCUUUACAAGACCUCAUCAAUGCCUUAAAAUCCCAACCAAGACUCUUUCUUGGAACUAAUAGUAAUAUAAACAUAUUAGCCUUAGCAGGCGCAAUAGCCUCUAAGCAAAAAUCUAGUAAAGAUUUUGUAGUCUCUUUAUCGAGUAUUGACACAUCCAACGAAGGUCCUCCUCGUCUUGGACUUGGCCGUGACUUUUUGGCAGGUCAGGCUCAUGGGACUACACCAGCAUUAUCGAAAGACACGUCUAAAAAGGACUCUGAACCACAAAUGAAAUUAGAGGCUGGUGACAGAAAGAGUUUGAGGCCCACAUUAAGCAAGAUUGGAAUUACUAGCCUCGAAUUUUUGGAGGCACUACCAUUUGCAGCUUUUGCUUCUUUGCUAGUUGAAAUAGUUGCAAGACUUGAUCUUGUUAUUGACGAAGUUGUAGAAUUGGGAAGGGUAGCUCAUUUCAAGGAGUAUAAUCCUGAUGAUGAUCAUGUGGUUGUGAUCACUUGUGAUCAGAAUCCUAGAGUGGAAGAUGACAUUGUUAUUAGCAGAUUACAAAACCAAUUCCCCUCCUCCCAUGCAGCAGAUUAACUCUAGACUUUAGUGGUUGGGGUUGAUAGACAAACUAUAGAGAAAAGAGAAGGAUUUCAUGGCGGAUACAUUUUGCGUUUUUGAGUAUAUUAUACAUUUAAAUUAUAUAUAUACUUCAUCUUGUUGACUAUUUAAUUACGCAGUUUAAA